CUGCCAAAAUAAACAAACAGAAAGAAAAACCAAAAGAACCAAACACCAAUAGGAAAAACAAGUUUUUUAAAAAAAAAAAAAAAUGGUACGGUCUCUAGAGCCACUGGUCGUAGGGAGAGUGAUCGGAGAUGUGUUGGAUAUGUUCACUCCGACUGUCGAUGUGGCGGUCAGUUAUGGCUCUAAACAAGUCGCUAAUGGCUGCGAAAUCAAGCCCUUUGCCGCUGCUGAUCGACCCACUGUUCUUAUUCAAGCUCCCAUUUCUAACCAACUUUAUACUCUGGUUAUGGUGGAUCCUGAUGCUCCUAGUCCAAGUGAGCCAACUUUCAGAGAGUGGCUUCAUUGGAUUGUGGUGGACAUUCCAGAAGGGGCUGAUGCCAAUAAAGGAAAGGAGGUGGUGCAGUACAUGGGACCACAGCCUCCGACCGGCAUUCACCGAUAUGUAUUAGCCGUUUUCAAACAGAGCACCGCCCUCAGCGGCAGGCUGCGACCGCCCAACACCCGUAGCAAUUUCAGCACCCGACAAUUCGCCUCUCAGAAUGCCCUCGGCCUUCCCGUCGCUGCUGUCUACUUCAAUUCCCAGAAGCAACCUGCAGGCAAGAAACGCUGAUCCACACUUUCUAUGUUAAUACCAUACCACAACCCCUUUUCUUUUACUUCCCAGAUGUCUGCGUUUCCCUGUUUCAGCCCACAAAUACAUGCAAUAAAUCCUUACUUCUCUCUGUUUCUGUUCUGUUUAAAUAGAGUAAUUGCACAAUAUUUUGAACU